UGUGUGUCAGAGGGUCCCCUAGGGGCCGCCGGCUGUAAACCAGAGGAGGUGCUGAGAGGAGAGAGAGAAAGAGAGGAGAGCGGAGCAGAGAUCCAUCAGCCGCACAGAGCCGCCGCGCGCUCACCGAACCUCAGCGGGUCAGCGUGGGCUCCACGCCACGCAGGACAGAGAAUGCAGCAGGAGGAGGCGCAGACAAACAGGCAGAGAGGAGCAGAAGGAGCAGAGGGAACUUUGUCCAUGGAGAUCCUGCAGGAGCAGAAGCUCACCUCAGGCUGGAUGUGGAGCGCAGCCGCGAGCCGCGCGCUUCUCUGAACUUUUCCUCCUGAGAAUAAAAACCAUCCGGACUCAAGUUUGGUUCUUUAUUUUAUUUCUAUUAUUUUUCAUUUUUUCCACCUUCUGUCCGUUUGGUUCUAUGGGAAGGAGGGAGCGAGAAUGAACCGAGACAGAGGCGCGGCACCGGGCCCGGGCCCGGACGCGAUGGGCCGGGACAGAGCCGUGGCCGGAGGGCCCCUGGCGGACCCGCUGCAGCCCGCCGUGAGCGGGGAGGGGGUCCAGACCACGGUGGGCCUGGAGGGGGGGGACAUCCUGGACGGAGGCGCAGCCGGUGACAAGCGGCUCUUCUCGGUGCCCGGGAGCAGAGAGCCGCAGGCCGCGGAGAACCACACCGAACCCCCGCCGGUGCUGGUUCCGCCACAACAGGGCCCCAUCGGCCACCGUACCACCUCCUUCUCCGUCCUGGACAUUCUGGACCCCAACAAGUUCACCAGCAGCCGACGCCACACGCCGCCGCAGCACGUGAGCCACCGCGGGGAGCGCGAGCUGGUCGCCUACGAAGCGGAGAACCGGAGAGGAGGCCCCGGGGAGCCGGAGCUCAGCGGCCUGGAGCCAGGGAAGAGCUGCUGCGGGGCGGAGGGAUACCACAGCAAGGAUGCUUUUAUUUACCGGAGCCCAGAAGAAGAGGACUACCACAGAUCCGGGACCCCCGACUCCGAGGGUCCAGAUGGGACCUACAGCAGCGAGGAGAGCAGCUCUGCUCUUCCCAGUAACGGUGACAGAGAGCGGGGUCAGCAUAGCCUCUCUGAUCCCAGCAGAGACUCAAAGAGCCCCAGCUCAGGAGGCCCCCCCGCUCAGGUCGCUCAGACCAAUGCAGGACAGGGAAGCAAGCCCAAGAGGAAACGCUCCGGCUCAGACUCCAAGUCUGGGAAGCCCCGCAGAGCUCGAACUGCCUUCACCUACGAGCAGCUGGUGGCGCUGGAAAACAAAUUCAAGUCCACGCGCUACCUGUCGGUGUGUGAGCGCCUCAACCUGGCGCUGUCCCUCUCCCUCACCGAGACCCAGGUCAAGAUCUGGUUCCAGAACCGGCGGACCAAGUGGAAGAAGCAGAACCCAGGAGCUGACACCUCGGCCCCCACCGCAGGAGGAGCGGGGGCUGGCGGAGGAGGAUCAGGAGGCGGCCUGGGCAGCCUGAGUCCUCUGAGCCCCUCCCCUCCGGUCAGCAGCCACCUGGCCAUGCACGCCGGCUACGCCGGCCACCACCACCCCCCCGCAGGGAGCCUGGUGCAGCUGCCUUUCCUCACAGCCAGCCACGUCCUGUCGCCGUUCAUGCUGGGGACCCAGAGCUACGCUGCGCCCGCCUUCUACAGCACACACCUGUAAGCGGCCUCCUUCCUGCCCCCAUGUGAAGGAUUAUUUUGAUAGACUGAACUUGAACCUGUACAUACACCUGUGUUGUAGCUCCUCCCACCUCCUCUGAAUGCUGUUUUAGUUGAUUUCAUGUCUGUACAAAACCUGAAUGUUCCUUUCAGACGUAAUGAAUGGCUUGAUCUACUGUCAGUACUGCUGUAACUCCUCCUGUGAUGGUCCUCCUCUUCCUUAUUUAGGAUAUUUGUUCCAGUUGCCAUGGAAACCCGGGAUGACGCUGUCCUUUGGUAUUAAAGACGAAUCAUUAAGCCUGUGGACUUUUUCUGCUCCGUGUCACAGAGGGUUCUGGUAGCGGCCCGGCAGCUGAACAUUUCAACAUUGUUUGUUUUUAUUUAUUUAUUGUACAUUAAUUAUUUCUUUUCAUCUGUUGAUCCUGAACGGAUCUAAAGACCGUCUUCCUAAAAACAACAGUAAGAAUUUUACAGUGAACAAUACAAAUAUAAAAAGAAAUAAAAUGAAUAUAACUCUUGA